AUGAGCAAGGAUAAUACUUCCUCUGAGAAGCGCAAGUUUCGGUUGAGAAUCAAUCGGGCAUCUCUGGGCAAGAUCGUGGCAGAAGGGGGGAUGCGGUUGACGCGCAGCAGGUAUCUUGACCUGUUGCAUCUGCCAUUUGGUCGAAGUCGGUCACCGACACCUGUACCUUCUUCUAGCCAGAGUGUGUCCCUCACUGUACCAGUUCCUCAUCACCGACCGCAUUCUAGUGCAUCGAUACGUGAUGUCAGUGCCUCUGAGGACGGAGAUCCGUACGACCCUAUGUACACAGAGGAAACCAUUAUAAAGCCGGCUGAAAGUCUGACACUGAGGGACAGUGAGGAUGCGUUCGAUGGCUUGCGAGUGAACGCAAACAAUCGUCUCGGCGACAUGCAAUCGUCAAAGUUGUCUGACAUGUUGAAACCGCUGAAGGCGUUCAGCUCGGUGGCUGAAUCUAUCGCAGAGCUCGAUCUCUAUGCGCAACUAGCACUUGGCAUCUUGGUGUGCGCGUCCGAAGCCAUUCGCAACCAAGAAAAGCGUGAUGGCGAUGUCAAGAACCUGUGCUUGAAGAUCUCAGAUGUAUACUCUUUGUUGACCAUGAGGAAAGAACAGGCCGCAGAUCGCGCCAUGGGAAGGGUGUUGGUGAAUCUUGUCCAACAGAGUUACUGGUUGAGAUUGUUGAAGAACAUCGGUAAGGAUACAGACGCGGUGAUCGGGGAGUAUAAUGCAGCCCCAGAGGAUCAUGUUCAACGGUUUCGUGACCGAAACGCUCUUCAGACGACUCUAUUUAUGUAUAGAAUCGGUAAGAGCAGAUCAAUUUGCCUUCGAGCGUGUCGCACCCUCAACGAUGACGGCGUAGCUGAAGAUGUGAGCUUGAACAACAUGGAAUACGCGAAUGGUGUCUCCCUGAACAUUUCCGAGCAAUGUCUUGAAGGCACUCGUACCGACAUCCUCUUGGAGAUCAAGCAUUGGAUGAGCAGUACGAAGGACGGCACCGAACAAGUCAUGUGGCUAUCAGGAAUGGCAGGCAAGGGUAAAUCGGCAAUUGCGCAUACGAUAGCCAGUUGGGCUGAAGCUUCUGGUGUUUUGGGAUCCUGUUUCUGUUUCGAUCGUACACGAGAAGGGGGCCAUCUAUAUCAGAAGAUAUUCACCACUAUUGCACGCGACUUGGCGGACCAUGAUCCUCUCGUGCGUCGGGCUUUGGCAGACGUGAUCCGCGACAGCAACGAGCUAAGGCACACAUCGGACAUGCAAAGGCAGUGGGACAAGUUGGUUGUUGGGCCGACGCGUGCUGCCUCGAAGGUAGUUGGUUCGCCCGUUCUUAUCGUAAUUGACGCGCUGGACGAGAGUGGUGGAUGGGAAAUCCGUCAAGAUUUCCUUCGCACGCUCACCGGAAGGCGGGAUAAGCCCUCACCUCCCACAACCGAGCUCCCCCCAAACGUUCGCAUCCUCGUUACAUCUCGGCCCUUGCCAGAUAUUCAAGAUGCUUUAAAAGGGAUUCCACACAUCCGAUACCGAUCCUUGGAUGAUGUUCCUCAGGAAUCCUCGGAGCGCGAUGUCGAAUGUUAUAUCGCUGAUAAACUGAAGUCUAGAAUGACCUUCCAGGGUGUUCACUUCCGGGUACUAGCUCAGAAAUCGGACGGUGUCUUUGAAUGGGCUCGUCUCGCGUGCUCGUAUAUCAUGGAUGAUAGUUCGAUGGGGCCAGACGCUACAGGCCGUUUCAAUUCACUUGUGACGAGGGGAUGGGCGACUGAUGCAGACUUGUUGGACGAUAUGUAUACGCUCGUCCUGCAAGUGGCGAUGCAGAAGAACCGGCGGAGAAGUGCGAUCUCCUUGUUUCGCUCCGUGAUGGGGCAGAUCAUUUCUUCGUCGGAGCCACUUUCGAUGGUCACGCUCUCGGCAAUACGGCAGCAAUAUCCAAGCGAAGAUACAAUACAGGUCGAACCAAUCAUCAGAUCGCUGAGUGCGCUCCUCACUAGCACCCUAGAGAAUGUAGCCCCCGUCCGUCCACUUCAUGCAUCGUUCUACGAUUUUUUGAUGGAUGAGACGCGAAGUGGUGAAUUCCACGUCGAGACAUCGGAAGCUUAA